AAUUGUUUCCCUUGUAAGACACAUCCUUAGAUUAGUCGUGAAAUAGGAACAUUUGAAAAACUAAGACGUGAACCUGUUGAAAUAGUGUUUCUAGUCAUGUAUAUCUAUGUAUUCUGAUCAUGGAAAUAACAAGAUCAUGGAAGUUAUCAUAUAGACUUGUGGUGUUAGCUUUGGGUUUAUUUCUCGGAAGUCUCAGUAAAUCUACUGACCGAGGAAAAACUAUCAUCCUACAAGAAAAUGUUUCUAAAUUUAUGGACAUUGACAUAGCAUCGAGUAACCUUAAUACUGAAAAUACCAUAUGUAUACGUUGUAAUAACAAAACACUGUACGCAUGUAGAAAAGAUAAUGUGUGUACCAAGAAAGAUAAAUCAAAUAUCUUUAAUGUAACAAAAACCAAGGAUGGAAAUCUAAGAGUAUAUUUUGAAAAUGUAGUUAGAAACAGUCCUAUUGUAAUAAAUGGAACGUGGCAAGUUUGUAGUUCUGGUGAAAAUGAAACUAGAUGUGAUGAUACAUUAACUAGAUAUGUUUUUAUUUACGCUCAACUUGACUAUUUUAACUGUACGUAUCAAUUUGGUGAUAUUGAUCACAACCUGACCAUUUCAUGCACCAUUAAGAACAUUUACCCUCAACCUGUUUGCUCAUUUGGUACAGGAACGGUUUUAUCCAACAUACGGCACAAUUAUUCACAAGACUCUCGAAAUAUAACUCGCUGUUUAGUAACACAAGACAUCAACAAAGAUUCCUUCCAGGUGAAAACAACAAUGUAUCCAAAUAUCACUGGAAACAUCACAGACAUGACUUAUGGCAUUAGUGUCACUUUAUCUGUUAUGAACGUCAGUAGGCUCAACUCAUCAAAGACAUGUUUUGUAGAAGGAAAUAGCACAUCAAUAUCUUCCUGCAGGUGUGUGGAAGCUCUACUAGAGAAUGUUACAAUUCAUUCAUGUACCGAGACAGAUGCAUUCAUUGAAGUAACAUUGAAUAGAGAGAACUCUCAGUCUGUUUACUGCAAUAAAACUACUCAACUAUCCGAAAGGACAACAGUGUCUGAAAAUACUCCAGAGCUCAGUUCAAGUGAGUCUACAACUUCCUUGAGAUAUAUGAAGGACACAUCAGUUUCACCACAGCCUCCAAUAGACUUUGACCACACCAGACAGGGUACUGCAUCAUUGAUGACGACAUCACUCACUAUCAUCAGUAUUGUUGUGUUCACACUACUGGCCAUGAUCUUACUUUACAGAUUUGUUUCUUAUCCAAAACAUCUAAUGUCAGUGCGGAUAACCAAAAGCUACAUGUGUUUGACAAAGAAUAACAAUGGAUAUGAAAUUGACAAUACAGAAAUCUACCACCUGUUCAAUAAAAUUACUUGUGAAAAUGAUCAUUACACAACCAUCGAAGAUUUGAAAAAAGAGAAGGAAAGACAAUCGAGUGAAUCUUUUUAUACACCAUCAGAACUGACACAAAAUGGCGAUUUUCAUGUGCUUGAAAAUUUCAGAACUGCAGGAUGUUUGAUGCAGCUUGGAAAAAACUGGGAUUUAGAUAUUUAUGAAAAGAUUUGAGAUUUAUUUUAAAGCUUACAAUUAAAACAUUCAUAUGCCGAAGUGGGAGUCGACCCUUAGUAAGGUUGUGACAGAGCUUCGCAUGAGGUUUACGGGACAUGCUCUUUGAUAAAUGAAUAUUUUGGAAGCAGCUUGCCGCCCAAGGCGCCGAACGGCGCGGGAGGAUCUAAAUAAGUACGAAGAGCAUUUUAGGUUUUUCAAAUACAAUUUUUUAAUAGCAGGAUAAUGCAUUGUAGAUAGCCCCAGAAUAUGCAUUUUGUUGGUAUUCAAUACCGGAAAUAGUACUUGACUACAAUACAUGUCAUUCGAAAGAAUGAAGGGUCAGAAUGUAAUUAAGAUAAAUUAAGUACACACACACACACACACAAAUCCUGGCUACGCCCAUGCUAGCAGUAAAAGUAUCUGUAUAAAUCAAUCCACUGAAGCCCUUACCAAGGUCAAUGACCAGUGUGUAAUGUGUAUGUAAAAGGCAAGUAACCCUGUAACAUGUAAGAGGAAGCCAUGUUAUUGAAUUAAGUACUGUUUGGUGAAAUAGCAGAUCAUGAAAAGCCCUUUCCAUCUAUCCACCUUUAGUGGCGCCAGUGUCAGUGUGGCUUGAAGCCCUGUAUGUUAACUAGGACUGUAUCGUCGAGAAGAUAGAGUAGGUAUGAUUCAAGACUUGAAGAACUAGAGAUUGUAGCAUGAGAAGCAGUUGAUACAUGUACAGCCGUUUACUUACAUAAGAGCAUUGAGCUACUAAAACAAUAAUGACUAAUUUUAUGUGUUAAGUAGUGUAUAUAUGUCUCAUUCUGUUCUCUAUUCAAGUAAUUUUUUAAAUUCUACUUUUUAUAUAGUUGUUUGAAUUAAUUUAAAUUUAAGAUUUUUAUAUUGUAAUUAACGUAUGUUAAGUAAAUAAAAACACAGAUGUGCAUCAGUUGUCACAACAGUAAUUAGUUUAAAUGUCCUGACAAUAACCAAAUUGAAUGUGGCUUGUCGUCUGUAGGUCAUGCUUACACAAAUCGUUAUAAAACAACACACAGAUAAAUGAUACAAAAGUUAUGGACACAAGUGAACAGCACUUAAAUCAUGUCUUUUAUAUGUAUAUAUCUAAAUAGAUAGAACUACACAGAAGCUAGUAUAUGUAACUACAAUUUCAGUGUUAACGAAGGUUUCAUAUGGCCAGCACAACGACCACCCGUCUUUACUUUUCUCCUAACAAUGUCAGGUUCCCAUGAAAGUUGGUCUUUACUGAGAUCUGGAUCUAAAUUCAUCGUUUUGGAAAACAAGCGCCACGCCCUCUUAGUAUAUUGACACUAAAUGAUGCUCUGCAGUCCAUCCGGUCAUGACUGCAUCUAACAGGACACCACACGAACGACUUCUUGGGUUCAACAGAAGAAGUGGUUCCGGGACAUCUCUGCCAAGAUGGUUGACCAGUCUGGGUCCUGUCCUGCUGAAGAAGAACGUUAGAUCAUCUAAAUAUGAUCCCAUAACAGAGGAAGUUGAUUUGGUAACAUGCAACCCUCAGUACGCUGUAAUCCGAACACCAAACAGGUCGAGAGGAAACAGUCUCAUUACGAAUGUUAGCCCCUAGGGAGGAACAAAAAGUUAUAGAAAAUGAGAAUCAGAGUAGAACAGAGCUUGAUAUUGGCUGCCCCGUCCAAAGUUCACCUCCCAGGAAUCAACCUACUGAUUCUACGAUGGUUGAAAAAACCAAUAGCACCAUCGAAGACAUAGUCAGACCGUCGGAAACGCAAGCCGAUGAAACUACACAUAGAUACAAUCUUAGAGUAAGGAGAACUAGGCCCAAUUACAAAGUGUAAAAGCUCAUCAGCUUACUAGAACUCUUUAAGUUGACAUUCAAUUUGUCAAUACUAGUCUCCAAAAUGACAUUUGUUUAUUUUCCUAUCUUCAUUUUACUGUGUUACUUGACUUGAAUAUGAUAUUUGAUCUAUUAUGUUAUAUUUUAAUAAACUAUUUGACCUAUCAUGGCAUAUCAAUAGGUUACCGCAUGUCAUGCUGUUCUACAUUGUUUUUUUACUUGAACCUCUAUAAUGAUUCUACGUUUACUUCAUUCUUUCAUUGUCAAUAAUACUAAGUAAGCACAAUUUGAACUGGGGGUGAAUGUUAUGAAUAUUAUAUGCUGUAUCGGUUGUCGUUCUUAUGUUUACAUGUGCUUGUAAUUCGUCCGUGAGAAUGUGUUCACGAAAUGUGUGUUGUGUAGUCAUUCAGUGUAUUAAAGCGGACAUGGUUUUCGACUCAUUAUGUUCAUAACCGGGGGGGGAACUAUAUAACUUAUAUUCAUCUAACACUGAGGUUCAAACCUUUUACAAAGAGAGAGAGAGACAUAUAGUAUAUUAGUAAAAUUAUCAUCGAGUCUAAUGAAACAGCUCCAUCUUUUUGGCUUCUCAGAAAUUAGGGAAUUUUAUGGUGCUACACAAGAUGAAACAGGGUGGAGGACACACAUUAACCAUGAGAUAUUAUAAUUGUAUGACGACCCACAAGUAGUGACAGAAAAAAAAACAGACUACGUUGGGCAGGUCAUCUUGAAAGAAUGCCAGAUAACAGAGGAGCGAAAAUUGUGUACAGGAAAAAAAAAACAAAAGGCAGGCAACACAAAGACAGACCCCGAAUGAGAUGGAUUAAUAAUAUGGAGUCAGAUCUACACGAGCUUGAGGUUAAGGCAAAAGACGAAAGGCCCAGGAGUGAUCCGAAUGGAGGGAUGUGUUGAAGUAGACCAGAGCCCUCCUUUGGCUGUAGCGCCACUGGGAUGGAUGGAUGGAAAGGGGCAGUAGCCUGCAGUUAUUACAAUGCAAAGUAUAAAUAAAGUAUAAAUAAAAGUGCAUAGUAAAUAUUGUUUUUAAAAGUUUAGAAUUUAGAGAUGAUUAAGAAAAUUGUUUACGAAAUAGUUUUCUUUCUGAUACUUAAAUUUAGUUAUUACACCUAUUGUAAGUAAGAAUUUUGGGAGGUCGAAAUCAGAUUUUCAGAAGAACGUAUGUGUUUUGUUGAAGUUUAAAGUCAAUGACAUUCUUUCAAUUUUAAACGAAAGGAAACAAUUCAUCAAUAAAUAUCAUCAAAACACUCUUACUGACGUAUCCACUUCAAUUAUCACUUGUUCUAGUUUCCUCUUUCUUGUUUUAUUUUAAGUCUGACUAAUGUAAAGAAUAAGAAAAAAAAAAUAUUUUUCACAAAAUUGUUUCCCUUGUAAGACACAUCAUAAGAUUAGUCGUGAAAUAGGAACAUUUGAAAAACUGAGACGUGAACCUGUUUAAAUAGUGUUGCUAUUCAUGUACAUCUAUGUAUUCUGA